GGCGCUGAGGGUGUGGACGUCCCACAGCAUUCAAUCUACCGGAGACAACAUCACGCUGCUAAUCACUACUAACCCACCCAAUCACUCUGCGACAGGCGUUUAUCCACGGUUUGCUGGAGUGCUGUUCAGCUUCUCUGAAGGUGUCCCUCAUUACCCCAGAUGAGGGACUGAUGCUGGCCAGGACCCUGCUGAACCCCUCGGGUCACCUCUCUCAUCUGUCCCAAUACAGUUCUGCAUCUGCUCCCACGGGUGUACCUUAAGAGAAGGAGAAUUCACAAGCCAAAAUGGAUGAUAUCUUCACGCAGUGCCGGGAAGGCAAUGCAGUGGCAGUUCGCUUAUGGUUGGACAAUACAGAGAAUGACCUCAAUCAAGGAGAUGACCACGGCUUCAGCCCUCUCCACUGGGCAUGCAGGGAGGGCCGCUCCAACGUGGUGGACAUGCUCAUCAUGAGAGGGGCUCGCAUUAACGUCAUGAAUCGCGGCGACGACACGCCUCUGCACCUGGCCUCCAGCCAUGGACAUCGCGACAUCGUUGGAAAGCUGAUCCAGUGCAAAGCAGACACUAAUGCAGCUAAUGAACACGGGAACACACCACUGCAUUACGCCUGCUUCUGGGGCCAAGACCUUGUGGCUGAGGACCUUGUGACUAACGGGGCUCAGGUGAGCAUCUGUAACAAAUAUGGGGAAACUCCUCUGGACAAAGCCAAACCUCACCUGCGUGAACUCCUCAGAGAAAAAGCUGAGAAAAUGGGACAGAACUUGGCUAAAAUUCCCUUCAAGGACACGUUCUGGAAAGGCACCACCAGAACUCGACCCCGCAAUGGCACAUUGAACAAACAUGCAGGCAUUGACUUCAAACAGCUCUCUCUCCUGGCCAAAAUAAAUGAGAACCAGUCUGGAGAGCUGUGGCAAGGGCGCUGGCAAGGAAAUGAGGUUGUUGUUAAGGUGCUUAAAGUUCGUGACUGGACCACUAGGAAAAGCCGAGACUUCAAUGAGGAAUAUCCCAAACUCAGGAUAUUCUCCCACCCGAAUGUCCUACCCAUGUUGGGAGCAUGUCAGUCUCCUCCCGCCCCUCACCCCAUCAUCAUCACACACUGGAUGCCUUAUGGCUCCCUCUACAACGUGCUGCAUGAAGGCACCAACUUUGUGGUGGACCAGACGCAGGCGGUGAAGUUUGCGCUGGACAUUGCUUGUGGAAUGGCGUUCUUACACACACUUGAACCCAUGAUCCCUCGCCACUAUGUCAACAGCAAGAGUGUUAUGAUAGAUGAAGACAUGACAGCCAGGAUCAGCAUGGCAGAUGUCAAGUUCUCCUUCCAGUGUCCUGGCAGGAUGUACUCGCCUGCAUGGGUAGCCCCCGAGGCCCUGCAGAAGAAGCCAGAAGAGAUCAACCGUCGGUCAGCAGACAUGUGGAGCUUUGCUAUCCUGCUGUGGGAGCUGGUGACAAGAGAAGUGCCGUAUGCUGACCUCUCAAACAUGGAAAUUGGCAUGAAGGUUGCCUUGGAAGGUUUGAGGCCCACCAUCCCCCCUGGCAUUUCGCCCCACAUUUGCAAGCUCAUGAAGAUAUGCAUGAACGAGGACCCAGCAAAGAGGCCUAAAUUUGACAUGAUUGUGCCAAUUCUGGAAAAAAUGCAGGACAAGUGAAAGUCCUCAUCUGCCCUCCUGUUCUAAAAACCGUUGACUCCGGGAACUCCAACCCCAAAUAUCCCUUUGAUAUGGUGGUGUGGUGCUUACCAGUAUUGCCUUAAACUCUUGCUCUACCGCUGCAUUCAAUGCCACUGUAGCUUCUGAGAUGAAUUCAGCAGCUGUCACGUCUUUUUACGUUGUUUUUUCUUUUUUCAAAGUGUUUAAAGUUUUUAUUAUUGUCUUCAUCUUUGUCACUGAUCCGCUGAUGCUGUUCAUCUUUUUAAUUAUAAUCAUGUGGACUGAGUACAAUCAUCUUCAAUCUUCUAGACUGAAUAACCUGUGGAGGUCAGCAUGACAGUCUGCUGCUUUGCUUCAGUGGAUUUAAGGCCUUAUAUUUCUUAAGUGGAGUUGACUGGCUAUUGAAAAGUCACCCUGCAAGGAAAGUGCUCCUCUAUAAUGUUGGCUCUUUAUAAAACAAAUAACAUAUUAACUCAGAGCUUGUCUUGUGGGGAAAAACAGUUUGUAACUGGGCUAGCAUGAAUUGUCUGAAAACCAAGCAUUUAAACAACAUUUAAGAUUAAGAAAAAAUGAGAAUGAGUGUUGCCUGUGAGAGUACUAUGCAGUGUUGUACCUUGAAGCAUUUCAAAAAGCAUUGCAAGAUUGCUAAUUACUAAAAUAAAUGACUGUAAUUUAGUUUAUUUUCAUUAUUUUCCCUUCACAAUCUCAAAUGUAACAGUUUUAUUAUGAUCAAAUUAUGUACUUUUCUACAAAGAGUAUAUAGUCUUUUUUUCAAGAUGUCUAAAAGUGUUUGCGUCAAAAUCAAGUGUUGUUUUCAUGUUGAAUACUGGCAACAUAUGUAAUCUGACAUGCAAUACCUUGUUUUCCUUGUAACACUGCAACCCAGACUGUAAUUUAUUCAUGGAUAUCAUAGGUACAGUUAUAAUUUGAUUUGUUGUUGUUGUUUUGUUGAGCAUGAGGGCUGCCUUUCCUCCCACUUUUAUGGCUACAUCAGAAGCAGCUGCCAACAGAAGGUGACUGGGACAUUAAGGGGUGGUGUUAACAUCCUGCAAAUGUCAUAUUGUUUUCUCCCUUGUUUUGAUUGUUUUGGUCCUCUAGAUUACUUCUGACUUUGUAUCAAUCUCAUGGGUUGUUUCUUCUACCUGCAUCGUCUCUGUGCCUCCACCAGCUUGCUUGUUUGUGCUGAAUCACAGGUUGAAGCCAAAAUCAAGAAUGACUUAAACAAAUGUAUGUAUUUAUAUAUAAGUAUAUUAAAAAGGAAUCAUAUGGGCAACUUGAAUGUGUGAAUUUA